CAUAUCACGCCUAUGAAGUCUACAGUGAAACUGUGAUCUCGGUGCGAGACGCACCGUUUCACUAACGAAGUUCAUGGGUUGCUUGUUGACUUCACGGUUUGGAGAUCGCGAUCUUGGUAAUGCAUGUGAGCCACACGAAACAUCCCAGAAGUGUGCAGACUUUACGGUUUGCUUGUCCACUUCAUGGUCUGCCACCCGUGACGAUAGCACCAAAACCGCGAUCCUCGCACUUUCGUCCAUGUUGCUCCCUUUUCGCCCUCUUUUAUCCAAGUUUCAAUCCCCAUGAUGACACAACACGAGCAAAACUAGCAUAAAAUAGCUCCAAGGACGAUGCAAACCAAGACAAAUAGUAUAAGAUAAGGGAUAUAAAAGUGUGUAAUCUAACCUGGAUCGUGUAGUAACUCCGGGUGUAAAACGUCAUUGUGUUCCAUCCAGGAGAAGCCAGUGCGUUACAUCUUUAUUUACAGCUUGUUAAUAACAGCUUGUUAACCAUAGUGGCUUCUACUUCUGUCCCAUGCUAGGAACUUCAGUAGCUUCCUAGUUGAGGUUCUUAGGUUUCUGAAAGCGAGAAGGAGAGGUCCCCUCUAUAUCAUGUCAAGUAAUAUAUGGCCAAGAGGUCGAGCAAAGUGAGACAUUAAGCUGUUGGAAGAGAGAUUUGAUCACAACCGAAACAAACUGUGCAAUUGCACAACUGUAACAAAUUCUCAUGUAACCUAUACAAGCCGUUGAUUCAAGUUAGAGCAUUUAUCCUUUCACCAAGUAAAGAUUAUUGAGACGGAAAAAAAUACAGAUGCUUUCCAGCGCUCUCGUAUGCAUGAAACAGUAGCCUUCAAAAAGUUCUCGAGUGAAGAAUAUUCAAUACUGAGCAGUGAGACUUUCUCCCCCCGUUUCUCAAGUCUAUUCCCAUAAGCCAAGUGCUAAAAAUGUGAGUGUUUCCUGCGGGAGGCGGACAGCGGGAUGUCAGUCCAGAGUAGCUAUGACCGCAUCAACAACCUCUUGGGUGGUACUAUUCCCUCCUAAAUCCUUGGUCCGGUGCUUGCCCUCAAAGAUCACAUGCUUGACAGCAGUCUCCAACCUAUCAGCAAAUGAUGGGAACUGGAGAUGUCUAAGCAUCAUAGCAGAAGACAGCAGCAGAGCAACUGGGUUUGCUUUCUUCUGUUCCGUUACUUUCUCGUUCCCUACAUUUCCUGCCGACGCACCUUGCUCGAACACUGCGUGAUCAGCUCCAACAUUACCUGUAAUACCAAUGACCAACCAGCCGCAGGUUUUAAUUCAAUUGCAAGAAAAAGCACUAUUCCCACGGUGAAUUAUGAAAUGGGUACCCAUAUUCCAUGGAUAUAGAAACAUAAUGGAUAGGAGAAAAAAAAACCCCAAAGCAUCAUAACUAAUCCAACCCAUAUCAGUUGGAUUUGGUGGGACGCCCAAUAUUUAGGUUUUCCUGCCAUUCAGUUUGAUGUGAUGAAAACCUGCGGCUUAUAAGUGGCAUGGAAUAGUAAAGAGAUGUAUUUCCUAGGUCCCGUGGACUGACGAGGAAGAAAUAAAAUAACGUAUUCAUGCAUGUUUUGCCAGAGCUGAAUCGGAAUAUGCUAUUUAAGAACAAAGUAUAUAUAAGUAGAUCGAGGUCCCUAGCACCACCAUAAGAUCAAAUUGAAGAUUCUGGUUCAGCUACUUUUUCAACUCUAAUUAUCCAAGUAGGUGAACUUUUCACAACACUCGUUAUUGUGAUUCUGAUUAUCAGGCAGCUAAAGUUGGUUGCUUGACCAAUGACCAGUAACUCAUCGCAACUUUUUAUAAUGGAAUUAGCAUAAAACAGACAGAAAAAACUAGAAUCGAGUUACCUCCAGGCAUCACUCCAGUACCACCAGCAAUACCCGCAGCUGUAUUUGCAACUAGAUUUCCAUAAAGAUUAGGUGUGACC